AUGGAAAUUGUCGAAAAAUACAACUUUAUUGCUUACGAAGAAGAAAAAUCACAAUAUAUCAAAGUAUACACUAAGGAUUACAAUGAUUUACACAGUGUUGAUGACUCAAUUGAAGCAUUCGAAGGCCUUGUAAUUCCAUAUGAACAUUACAUCACAACAACCACACGAUUUGGAACCGAAACAGGUAUCCACACAGGAAUAUGGAUAGAUUACAGUCCAUCUAACUACAAAUUAGUUCCAAUCAAAGAAAGAAUCACAACAACAACAGUUGAACUUGAAAUAAACUACGAAGAACUAUGUGUUACACCAUUUAAUGCCGAAAUUCCUAACAUUAGAGUCAUGAUUUACGAUUUUUUCCUUGAUAAGAAUGAAAAACAAAUAAAUGCAACAGCAAUCAUCAAAGAAGGAAACAAAGAGAUCUGCAAACCAUCAUUUAUAGUGAAUAAACCAGAACCAGACCUUCAAAACUGUUACUUUUUUGAAAAUUCAGAAGAAUUAAUGAAAUCUUUCUCCAAAUUCAUAGAUGACACUGAUCCAGACAUAAUUAUAUCAUUUGGAAAGCGAUAUCUAUCAUUAUUCAAGACUUCUUCCGGAAGAUCUGUUAAUAAAUCUCUGAAUAUCGUUGGACGUGAGUUUUUAUCAUUCAUUCAAUACCCAGAGUUCAUAAAACAAAGGUCUUCAAACACUUUGGAAGGUUACUGCCACGAAAUACUCAACAAAGAAAUUCCAACCUUAAAAAAUCCAACUUUUUCACAAAAUCUGCCAUGUAAACUAGUUUACAACGUUUGUCAGAAACGGUUAGACGGUUUGAUUGAAUUAAUUGAUCAUUACAAGUUUGUUGAGUCCACAGUGCAGAUGUCUAGCAUCACAUUUGUUAGUUUGUAUCAAAGUUCGUUUAGAAUAACAACUCAAAUGGUUUUGUCAAAAAUUUUGGAAAAGUGUCACACCCGUAACUUUGUAAUCAAUUCCAAUGAUGACAGCCAUAGCAGUGGAUUAAGAGGAGGCAGUGUUAUUGAGCCGGAACAUAAAUACUACAAAAAUAGUUUCACUUCAUUUUUUGACUUCCAAUCUCUUUAUCCUUCAUUGAUUAUAGCGAAAAACAUAUGUUUCUCAACAUGUCUGCCAAAGAGUGACGAUUUGGCUGCAAAUAAAAUGUAUUAUAGAAGUAAUUAUUUGUUGAAACACGGAAAAGAUGUUGAUUCUGAUGAAAUAGUACAAAAUAUUCAGAAAGAAUUGGAUUUGUUCAACAAAAAUGAUUCAGAAAUUUCCAAUUCUUUUGAUAACAAUAAUUCAAUUGAAAAUCAAAUGAAAAGUGACAAUUUACGAAAAAGUGACACAAGUCAAAAUUACAAUUCAACAAAAAUUGAUGAAAAUAGAAGUAAUGAUUUAUUGAAAAGUGACAAUUUACCAAAAAGUGACAAUUUGACAAAUCAAAUUUUAGCUGAUGAAAAUAAAAGUGAAAUUAAUCAAACUAUUAAUAAAAUAAUAGUUGAUGAAAAUAAAACUGACAGUUUGAUAAAAAGUGACAAUUUGACAAAUCAAAGCAAAAUUUUGAAUAAAAGUAGCAAUUUGGAUGAAAUUGAAGUUCAUCAGAUUGAAGGAUCAGAAAAGGAUGAAAUUCCAUUUUUGAAGUUUGUUUCAAAAGAAAAGAGAGAAGGAAUAUUACCAGAGAUUUUGAAAGAUUUGUUGAAAUCAAGGGAAGAAGUCAAAAGUCAAAUCGAAGAACUGAGGAAAGAGAACAAACUCAAAGAGAUAGAAGUGCUUGAUUGCAGACAACAAGCAAUCAAAAUUGUCUGUAACUCUGUUUAUGGAUUUACUUCGUUCCAAACAUUUGGAAUUGACCAAAUUUCAGCUGAAAUUACUAGACAAGGAAGAGUUUAUCAUUACAUGGCAAUGCAGUUCUUGCAGACAAAGAAUUACAAUGUAAUCUAUGGUGAUACUGAUUCUUUGUUUGUAAAUUUCGGUUCUGACGAUUAUUCGACAGUUUAUCAGAAAAGUUUACAAAUUUGUGAGGAAAUGAACGAAAAAAUUUUCGAAAAUCCUGUUAAAAUUAGGCUUGAAAAGAUCUACAAGAACUUCAUUAUCUUUUCAAAGAAACAUUACGCAGGAAUAAGAAUGGAUUUGCAGCCAAAUGAAAUUGAUAUAAAAGGAAUUGAAACAGAAAAAAGUGACAGUUGUGAAUUUCUGAAAGAUUUAAUUUUCCGGAGUUUAUCAAUUAUUUUACAGAAAACUUUUGAUGAUGGUGUUAAUUUUGUCAAAGAAAUGAUGACAAAAAUGUAUAAUGGAAUGAUUCCUUUGAGUGAUUUCAUUAUACAGAAACAACUCGGCCAAAAUAUUAAUGAAUACAGAACUAAAACAGUUCAGUGCGAAGUUGCCAAGAAAAUGAUAGAAAGAGAUAGGAAAAUUUUACUUGGAAAAGGUGAUAAAAUAAGAUUUUUGGUUUACAAAGGAAAGAAAUUAACUGAUCCUUUGUAUUCAAGAGCUGAUGAACCUGUUUAUGUUGUUAGUUGCUUAAAAGAAAUAGAUUAUAACUACUACGUCACAAAGUUGAUUAUUCCUACUCUUGAAAGAAUUUUUAUGGUGAUCAACGUUGAAAAAACUGAAAAAAUGAUUAAUUUUUUGAAAGAAUUUAAUAAGAAAAAUAGAAAAACUGGCAUCAAAAAGGCUGAUAAAAGUCUCAAAAACGAAUAUUUGUCUAAAUGUGAACAGUGCAGGAAUUGUAGAUUUGAUGAUAUAGAAUGCAUAUCCAUAGACUGCGAUAUCUGUUUGCAGUUGACAAAACUUAGAUACGAACCAUGA